AUGGCGGCUCCAUUUCAUCGAUCCUACUCCGACGAGAAUCGCAUCGUCUCGCCGACCACUGCACCGCUGACACGUGGAUCAUCAGUAGGAGGAGCAGUGGGAGGAGCAGGAGCAUCGGUCCCAGCAGGCGCCGUUGCACCAGUGCGUGUGGCUCACGGUCCUAUCUAUCCCGCUCCGGGCGGGUAUGCUACUAACGGGGAUGGGAACUCUGGGGGCUCGCGGGGGUCUCUGGGGAGCGGAGGCGGCAGCGCCCAGCUAGGUGACUAUAACGACCAGAUCCCCCCAUCCCCGUACCCAGACCCUAUCAAGGAAGAGGAAGCUUCCGUGGAAGGCAGGAAUGUGCCUAUGCCGGAUGUGACUCUAGAGGAGGAGCUGUCAGAGUCACUAAUGCCGCUCAAGUGGGUGUUCUUCCCGGAAGCAGACCCCGUUCAGCAGUUUCGCGGAAAGCCGUGGCGCGAGAAGAUCUGGGUGUUUCUCAAGGGCGUGUUCCCCAUCCUCGCGUGGCUGCCUGAGUACGACUGGCGGUACUACCUUCUGGGUGACAUUAUCGGGGGCGUGUCAAUCGCCAUCAUGUCCGUGCCCCAGGACGUCUCAUACGCCAAGUACGCCAACCUCCCUGCCGAGUUCGCUCUCCGCACCAGUUUCAUCCCGCCGCUCCUCUACGCCAUACAGGGCUCCUCCAAGCACCUCGUCAUAGCGCCCGUGUCAGUCGUCUCUCAGCUGCUCGGCACGUCCCUGAGUGCAAUAGUCGACCCCACCACCGACCCGGCGCUCUACACGAGCCUUGCCGUCACCGCCACCUUCUUCUGCGGCCUCUUUCAACUCAUCAUGGGGCUCUGCCGGUUCGGCUUCCUGGUGGAUUUUCUGAACCAGCCGACCAUCGUGGGGUUCCUGUCAGGCUGCUCCCUCACCAUCGCCAUCCAGCAGCUGAAGCUCAUCCUGGGGUACAAGGACUUCACGCUCAGCACCAGCAUCGUCAACAUUAUUGCAGCCAUCGUGCAGUACAGCUACGAGUUCCAGUGGAAGGCGUUCGUCAUGGGCGUGUCCUUCUUCCUCUACCUCUCCACAGUGCGCUUGCUGGUGUAUCUGAAGCCCAAGAACAAGGUGUUUUACUACCUCAACGCGCUCGGCCCGCUCACGUCCAUCGUCGUCUCAACCAUCAUAGUGGCCACUGCAGGGCUGGCAGACAAAGGCAUUCCCACUAUAGGAAAGAUAUCCACGGGGCUGCACGGAGCCUCCUCCAUUUCUUACCUCAACUUCUCAAAAGAUAACGUCGCUGACGUGGCCGCUGUCGGCUUCAUCGCCUGCCUUGUCUCCCUUGCGGAAUCAGUGGGUAUCGCCCGUACCUUUGCGAGCCUGUAUGGUUACCACCUCGACGGCAACAAAGAGAUGGUGGCGUUCGGUUCAAUGAAUCUGGUCGGCUCCUUCACCUCAUGCUACGUGGCAGCAGGUUCCUUCUCCCGCACGGCAGUCAACAUGCUAGCAGGCGCCAAGACAGUGCUCACACAAGUCAUCAUGGCGCUCCUCAUUCUGCUAGUGCUGCUCGUCGCCGCCCCGCUCUUCAAAAACGUCCCCAAUUGUGUGGUGGGUGCAGUCAUUGCCAACGCUGCCUUGAACCUGUGCGUGGUUGGUGCAGUCAUCGCCAACGCUGCCUUGAACCUCGGUGGACAAGAUGGACUUCCUGGUCAUGUCCGGUUGCUUCCUCACUCCAUUCCCUUCUUUUUCCCCUCUUCCCCAUCUUCCCCUUCCCCCCCAUCCUCCCCUCAAUACCAGCUCGACUUCCAUGCAGCGUGGGCCCUGUGGAGAGUCGACAAGAUGGAUUUCCUCCUCGACUUCCAUGCAGCGUGGGCCCUGUGGAGGGUAGACAAGAUGGACUUCCUCAUCAUGUCCGGUUGCUUCCUCGCCAUCCUCUUCUCUCAUUCUCUCCACUAUCCCCUGCUCCCCCUAUCCUCCCCUCAAUACCAGCUCGACUUCCAUGCAGCGUGGGCCCUCUGGAAAGUGGAUAAGAUGGAUUUCCUGGUCAUGUCGGGUUGCUUCCUCGCCAUCCUUUUCGGUUCCCCCGAGAUCGGCCUUCUAGUCGCCAUCCUGCUCUCCAUCAUCAAAAUCCUCCUCCGCUCCCUCCGCCCGCACAUCCGCCUGCUGGGCCUCCUCCCCAACGCCGCCGCUACAGCCGUGAGCGUGCUGCAGUUCCCCAACAGCACGCUGUGUGAGGGGAUCGUGAUGCUGAGGGUGGAGAGCCCGCUGUACUUCCCCGGAGCUAACUUUGUGAGGCAGCGCGUGAAGAAGCUGUGUGACGCUUAUGCACGGGGUUACCAGCAACCAGUCAAGCACUGCGUGUUGGAUCUAUCAGUGAUGCAUGACAUCGAUGUGACGGCCAUCGAGGCCAUGAGGGACCUGCACCGCGACCUCACACAGAUGGGCAUCCAGCUCUGCUUGGCGAGUGCCAACAGGGAUGUCCUGCGCAAGAUGUUUGACGCGCAGCUGUUAGCAGAGAUAGGCGAGCAGUGGCUCUUCGUCACUCCUGCCGAUGCCGUCAAGCUGUGCCGUGCCGUGGCACUCUCUCAGCCAGCUGCCAAGGAGACAGAGGAGCUGCUCAACACUGUGCCCUCGUUUGACAUCUAG